AUGACUGUCAACGAUAUUGCCCCUCCAGCUAUAUGGUCGACCAUUGUCGACACCCGAGCAGCAGAAACGCCAAGCCGGGUUUUCUGCGAAAUUCUCGAGGCGGAUUGGCGCGACAGAGGGCCACGGGAGAUCACAUAUGCACAAUUUGCCAGAGCCGUGAACCGGGCCUGUUGGUGGCUCGAGAAUGAGUUUGGUGCUGCCAAAGACUUUGACGCCUUUACCUACGUUGGAGAUAAUGAUCUUCGUUAUACCAUCAUCAUGAUUGCUGCUCAAAAGUCUGAACGUACCAUGGUCAUUGCAGAGCUAAGCCGCUUGACCCACGAGGCACUGCUCAAACUGUUGGAAACGACAAAAUGUUUCCGCUGGCUCGGCGGUUCAGAGGAUCAAACAGCUUUGGGCAAGAAGCUGAUAGACGAGAGGCCAGGCACUCAGCUUUACACUUUGCCGCCCCUGGAGCACUGGCUUGAUGCUAGCGACGUUCCCAAUUAUCCAUUCACCAAGACGUGGGAAGAGGCCAAGCCACAUCCGGCAUUCGUUAUACACUCUUCAGGCACGACGGGAAUUCCCAAGCCGCUUCGACACACUCUCGAAUCCGUGUCUACCAAUGACAUGAUUCAUCGUUAUCCAGACGGGUCUGUAGAAAACCCAGAGAACGGCUUCAGCCCGAUGCGCGGCUCCAGAAUGAUUUGGGCAGCGCCUCCUCAGUGGAUGGGAGGCAUCUGGGGGCACUUGUUUGCACCGCUCUUUUACGACGGCAUUCCCGUAUGGCCACCCGUCGACCACGGAGCCCUUUCACCGGUGCCCGUGGUCAUGGAGAUGUUGGAAAAAGUUCAGCCCGACGGCGCCUUUUUCGUGCCCAGCAUGGCCCGGGACCUGUGCCAGCAGCCCGCCGCCCUGGCGCGGAUCAAGCAGCUCCAGUUCCUCGUGUACGGCGGCGCGCCCCUCGACGGCUGGGUAGGCGACCUGCUGUGCACCGAGCUGCGGCUCGUCGUGGGCGUGGGCUCGACCGAGUGCGGCCUGUGGCCGCUGCGCACCCUCGCCGACCCCCGGGACUGGCGCUACUACCACCUGGACCCGCGCCUGGGCUACCGGCUCGACCACUACCAGGACGACAUGUACGAGGUGGUGCUGGAGAGGAGGCCAGAGUACCGCCGGCACCAGGGCGUCUUUGUCAUGUUUCCUGACCUCGACGUCUGGCACACCAAUGACUUGUACUCGCCACACCCCACCAAGCCGGGGUUGUUACGCUACCGAGGUCGAAAAGACGAUCUGGUCAAGUUGGUGUGGCUGACCAAGGUGCGGGCCGGCGACAUGGAGAGUGCGCUGGUGCGUGACCCUAGGAUCAGCAAUGCCAUGGUGGGUGGGGAGGGGAAACCGACACCGUUUGUGAUUCUCCAGCUCUCUGAGGAUGUGAGAAACUUUGACGAGGAGGAUAUUUGGAAUAUUGUGAGGACGCUCAACGAGAAGCAUUCGGCCGAGGUUCAUCUACCGCGCCAGAAUAUCUUGGUGGCGGCCAAAGAUAAACCUCUGCGGAGGCUGGGCAAAGGGACGUUGGACCGGAGAGGUAUUUUGGCGGAUUAUGGACAUGAAAUUUCUAAACUGUAUGAUGUGUGA